GGCAUUUAAAAAACAAAAAAAGAAACUAUUUAUUCUUUGCACGUUCGUAUGCACAGUCUCGAACAUCGUAAUGUACGUGUUCUUCACGCCUGAUUUACCCAAAUAUUGGUGUAUAUAAUAAUCGAGAUCGUACACAUCUACGUUUAUGUUGUGUAUUUAUUUUAAUCAGAUGGGUUACUGACAUUGAGGUAGACGCUCAAAGGAUGCAGUAUUUUAGAUAUGAUAGCUAUGUAGAUUUCUGGCUGUUUUUUUAUAACCAAUACAUAGCCAUGCGGCUGCAUAGCUGGGACUUGUAGUGUUCAUAUGAUAACUGUUUUGAAUAUGCUUCCUAUUUUAAAAAGUUUAUGGAUCUGUUUAGAAAAUAAAUUCAUACAGCUGUUGCAUUGGUGCCUGCUGUUCAAAUUGACAGCCCUCCAAAUACAUUCUGCUGUGGCUUGUUACGAGUUUACCAUCCAUUCAAGUCUGCUAUCCCUUUAGCUAUGCCAAUAAGAAUACGUAUUAAAAUAGCACGUUUUUUCUUUAUGAUGUGAGUGCUGUAAUUUUUGUUGCAAGUAUUUAAAAAUGCAAAUACAGUACCUGUUUAGAAAGCCGGGUAAAUCAUUUUAUUUAUCAUAACCACAUGCUAUUUGUAAUUUGUUGUUGCAGCCCUGUUUCAAUUAAAAAAAAAAAAAAAAAAAAUAAUUGCCACUGAAUUCUGUUUUAACUUCUAGAUUUGAAACUUGAGUUUUUCUUCAUAGAUUGACAGCUUUCAGCUUCCCCAUGCCUCCAUCUCCUCUAGAUGACAGAAUUGUGGCAGCGCUGCCAAGGCCAGUCAGACCUCAGGAACUCAACCUUUGCUUGGACACGUACUACCUGGAUUCUCUCACUGCUACUCGUACAGCUGUUAUUAACACAACUGUAGUGGAAAUCAGGGCUACUAAUCUCAUUUUUAUGCCCUCAUCCAACUGCUCUACGCGCUCAUUGUCUUGUGGAUGCAGCAGUGCCAGUUGCUGCACUGUGGCAACUUCUGAAAAGGACAGUCAGACCCAAAGCCAAGUCAGCGUGAGUAGCUCAAACUUGACCUCAGGUGUCUGUACUGUUGGUACCACCAACCAAAUGGUCAACAGCAAUGAUGCACUAAGUACACCUAGUGGGAAUGGAAGUCCAACUUCUGGCCCUGCUAAACAGCCUUCUGCUGCCCGGAUUAUCUAUCCCAAUGAACUGGCUAAGAGGAUAACCAAAUGUGUCAAAGGUCACCAGCCAGUGCCUGGUCCCGUCAUUAUUGACUGUAGACCGUUCAUGGAGUACAAUAAGAGCCACAUUCAAGGGGCUGUUCACAUCAACUGCUCUGAUAAAAUCAGCAGGAGAAGGCUCCAGCAAGGAAAAAUCACUGUUUUGGACUUGAUCUCCUGCAGGGAAGGAAAGGACUCCUUCAAAAGGAUUUUUUCCAAAGAAAUUGUUGUCUAUGAUGAGAAUACCAAUGACCCAACCAGGGUGAUGCCAUCCCAGCCUCUACAUGUAGUGCUGGAGUCACUGAGAAGAGAAGGCAAGGACCCCCUUGUUUUAAAAGGUGGGCUCAGCAGUUUCAGGCUAAACCAUGAAAACCUCUGUGACCACUCCCUCCAGCUCCAAGAGAGCCUGAAUUCCGGGGGUGCGUCCGCCACAAUACCUCACUCCCUCCCAACUACCCCUGACAUAGAGAACGCUGAACUGACCCCCAUAUUGCCGUUCCUCUAUCUUGGAAAUGAAUACGAUGCUCAAGACUUCGAGAAGAUGCAGAAGAUGAACAUCGCAUACAUUAUUAACGUCACCACCCACCUGCCACUUUUCCACUAUGAGAAAGGCAUUUUCAAUUACAAGAGGCUACCUGCCACUGAUAGCAACAAACAGAAUCUCAGGCAGUACUUUGAGGAGGCCUUUGAAUUUAUUGUGGAAGCCCACCAGAGUGGCAAGGGGCUCCUUAUUCAUUGUCAAGCUGGUGUGUCUCGUUCCGCCACAAUUGUGAUCGCGUAUUUGAUGAAGCACACACGGAUGACCAUGACGGAUGCCUAUAAAUUUGUUAAAACGAGGAGACCAAUUAUAUCUCCUAACCUUAACUUCAUGGGGCAACUUUUGGAGUUUGAAGAAGAUCUGAACAAUGGCAUAACUCCCCGAAUCCUCACACCAAAGCUUAUUGGGGUAGAGACUGUUGUGUAAAGGGGCCACUUCUCUUAUUGAUCUGGUUUCAAAGAAUCAUUGAAAGAAGAUUCUGCUAUGGCCUUCUUUCAUUACUUUAGGGCACGCUAUACUUUUGGUGCUUCAGAAAAUGAUUACAGCAACCGGUACAAA